ACCAGAGAGAGAGAGAGGAGGAAGACUCCUGCUUCAAUCAAUUUCAAGCGCACACACAACACAAACACAAAUUCCUUUGUCCAAAGAAACAAAAAAAUAAAAAUAAAAGCCCUGCAAUUGUUCUCUGUUUUUAGAAACCACUUUUGACUUCUUCAAUUUUUUUUAAAUUUUUUUAUUCAAUUUUAUCUGUUGGUUUCGGAUUUGGGACUAAUUGAGGCUGAGGCUGUGAAUUGAGCUAGUGAUUCGGCGGCGGUGUGAUCGGAAUCUGAAUUUUCUCGAUCGGUUUGGAUUUCCGGUCAAAUGGAUCGGAGGGAGCUUCGGGUUUUCAAUUGAGAAAAAAGGUUGGGAUUAGGUUUAUUUGGGGGGCUGUGUGGAUGAUAUCUGUGGGGAGUAGGGAUGCGAGGAAGGGACUAGGGUUAGGGUUCGGAGCUGGGAGAGAGAUGGAUGAUUCCGAGCUUGAAGAAGGCGAGGCUUGUUCUUCUCAAAUCAAUGAGUAUGAUCCCAAUAUCGACCCCGACGUCGCUCUCUCUUACAUCGAUGAUAAAAUUCAGGAUGUUUUGGGACACUUCCAGAAAGAUUUUGAAGGUGGGGUGUCUGCCGAGAAUCUAGGGGCAAAGUUUGGCGGGUAUGGCUCAUUUUUACCUAGCUAUCAACGGUCUCCUGUGUGGUCUCAUCCGAGGACACCAGCAAAAAUUCAGAAUAAUGGCGUACCCAAAUCUCCCAACAGUGUAAAACUUGAGGGUGUCCAACGUAACAGUUCAAGUCAUGCUGUAUCUCAUUCUGUGGGACUUGGAACUGCUUCUACCAGUUCUAUUUCACUUGUUCCACCCAAGGAACCAUCAGCAAACCUUCCAGUCAGACAAGAUGUGAGAGUAUCAUAUAAUCAAGCUGAUAUGUACCCUCCUGAACAUGAAUCUGCAGCAAAGAAACCUGUUAAAUCAUCGGACCAGAAAACUCUCAAAGUACGACUCAAAGUGGGUUCAGAUAACUUGUCGACACGAAAAAAUGACAUCUACAGUGGGCUUGGCCUUGACGGCACACCAUCUUCCUCACUAGAUGAUACUUCAGAUAGUGAAGGAAUAUCUCAUGAACCUCACGAUACGCCGUUUGAAUCUCCCACUAGUAUUCUCCAGAUUAUGACAUCAUGUCCAUUGUAUGAGGGUAUACUUCUAUCACCUCUUCCUGAAGAUCUAAUUUAUUUGACUGAAAAGGAAACAAUCGCAAGAGAAGUCAGAUCACUUCCUCUUCCAAGGGAUGGUUUGGAAAGAUCUGGGUUCCUAGUGAAUGGAACAAAUACAACCAGGGAGGGUGGUGGAAAAGUAUCUAGUGCGAGGGAAACCCAACCAGUUGAAAGAAAUGAUUUUUCAUCAGAAUCAAAGAGUGGCAACAAUAAGGAUGGAAUUGGGCUUUUGGCAAAAAAGGAUCAAGAUAUUGAUACAUUUGCUUGUGAUGAGCUUGUUUCCAAAACUUUAAAGCUUCCACUUCUAUUAAAUUCAUACUCCUCUGUCAGUGAUAUGACAAAGAGUAAGGAUGCAGAUAAAAAUGCUGUUAGGGAUAAAGGCUUUCCUUGUCAGGCAGAAGAUGUGCCUAUGGAGCCAACAUCCAACCAAGAGCAAAAUUGGGUUGAAAAUCGAGAAGCUAGUUUGGCUGGGAAGGUUCAGGAAGAGAGAAAAGUAGGUUCCAGCAAUAAUAUUUCAGCGCAUCCAAAGAAAGAUGGCCAUCGCAAAGGAGGGGAAAGUAAUGAAUCAGCAAAAGCGGAUUCUAAAGCAUCUAAAGGGAGAAAAUAUCGAAGUACUGAAGUGAUGGACCACUCAAAGCAAAGGGUCAGUCAGAAGGGUGUGGCCCAUGAGCGAGAUGAUAUGAGAUUACUUUCUGGGAAGGAACAGCCCUUACUUUGCGAAAAAAAGAAAUUAAAAGAAACCCCAAGGACCCCGGUUACAGAUUUGCCUAAGAAAAACUCCAGAGUCGGUUCUUCUUCAGCUUCCAAAGUAAAGAGUACUCCUGUGAACAAGCUUACAUCCAAUGGUGAGUCCGAAAACUUCAGAAAGGACCUUGAUAAAAGCAGGGAUGCAUAUAGAGAUUUCUUUGGGGAUGAAGAAGAAGAGAACCUAAUUAAGUCAUUGCAAUUGCCUUCUGAAGAUAAGCUCAAGGAGUCUGAUGCUGUUGCAAAAAGUACAUUUGCAGCUAACAUCUCAUCACGGGAGAAACCAAAUGGCAAGACAUUUGAUUCCCAUCCUGCAACAGCUUCAAAUGUAGCUCAACGCCCUGGAAAUGGACUCAUUUCUGAUGCAGACUAUUGGGUGCAGUGUGAGAAGUGUCUAAAAUGGCGGCUUCUUCCACAUGGUAUAACUCCCGACAUCCUACCGGAGAAGUGGCUAUGUAGCAUGCUUAAUUGGCUGCCUGGGAUGAACCGGUGUAAUGUAACAGAGGAGGAAACAACAGAGAAGACAAAAGCUUUAAUUGCACAGUACCUAGUUCCUGCACCUGGGAGUCAAAUUAAUCUUCCCAUUAAUCCUGGUGUGGAAGGUGUGGCACUGGCUAAUUUUCGGCACCCUGAUCAAAACCCCCAAAAUGUUGGUGUGCAUGCCAUGCUUAGUAGCGGGAAGAAAAAAAAUGGAUUGAAAGAAUUGUCAAAGGCAAGUGAUAAAGAUGGUUCUGUUCUGCUGCCAGGCUCUAUGAAGAAGAACAUGCAGGCAUCACUAAAGAGUAAAAGCUUGAAUGAUUAUAACCAAUCUUCACCUCUGAAUGAGCCUGAUUUUCAGCAUCUAAGUAAUUCCAAUGAUUUGGCCGUGGAGAAGCGGAAGCACAAGUACAAAGAGAAGCAAAAAGGUUUAGGUUCCUAUUACGAUGGAGGUCAAAUCAACAAUUUAAAGAUUAAGAGCAGAAGGGACUUUGAUCCAGAUACUUCUAGAGCUCCCAAGAAAAUCAAGAGUGAAGGUAGACGUAUGACUGAUGAAGAAUGGGCAUCAGAUCACCACGGACCUGAUGGCGAGGUUGGUCCUAGCUCAAGUAGUGGCUUUCUGACUAUUGAAGCAGGAAAAGAUCGAAUUAAGGAUAGGUUAGAUGGUGCUACUCUUACCAAAGUAAAAGAUGAAGUUUGCAGAGAUAAUGGAUCGGCAGACAUGGGUAAUGUUACUAGAGAUAGACCAAAAAAGAGAAAAUUGAGGGUUCCUGAAAUUCAUGUGGGUUCCUUUCCAGACUGUUCUAUUGCAGUGAAGGAAGAGUUCAGUGAAAAUGACUGCAGGAAGGAAAAGAAGGCAAGGAUAUCUAAGUCUGAGGGAAAAGAGUCCAGCGCAAGCAAAGGCAAUGGUAGAACAGACAAAAAAAGUAGCCAUAUAAAGAAGCAACAAUCUACAAAGAAUAUAAGCAGUAGAACUCAGUUGAGUCAGAAUGGUGUGUAUUAUCUGAAAAAAGAGUUAGGUUCUGUUCAGGUUUCUGUGGCUGCUACUUCAAGCUCUUCCAAAAUUUCUGGCUCCCAGAAGACCAAAUCCAGCUUCCAGGAAAUUAAAGGUUCUCCUGUGGAAUCUGUUUCAUCAUCACCUUUGAGAAUCUUAAAUCCUGAUAAGCAUGAAUCAGUACCCAGGGACAUCAGGCCAAAGGAUGACUCACAAGACGCUGGCCAUUUUGCGUUAGGUAGUGCGUUAGUUAGUCCACGAAGAUGCUCAGAUGGUGAAAAUGACAGCAGAAAUGAUCGAUAUGGGAUGGCAAGGAAGGAUAAACUUCACUCUGGGGCUUAUCAUAGGUCUGAAUUUUCAGUGCUUGAUGUUCAGGACAGAUCUGGUGGUAAAGCUAGGGGACAUACUGCAGCAUCUCCAGAUGUUAUGAAUAAUUUUCCUGUGAAUGGUGCUUUGGAUAAUUCAGGCCCAGAUAGUCGGUCUCCUAUUAAAACCCUAGGUUCUAGUCAAUUUACUGGUGAAGACAGAGAGAACGGCAGCCAUUAUAAUGCGCAGGGGUCUCGCCCAAGAAAUUCAGGAAAUAGUUACUCUUCACGGUCAAAGGGCAAGCAGAGCUAUAAAUCUGAUUUGGACAUGGGGAAGGCCAGGAAUUCUAAUAUUGUUGAUGAACAGCAUGACCAUUCACCAUCACUUGUAAUAAAAUCUAGGGAUGGUAAUAAUAAAUUGCUGGAGAAGGUGAACAAAUAUAGUGAAACAGAGAACAAAUCUGUCAGUAAGAAAGAACUGCCAGGAAAGUCAUUGAAUGAAAGCAGUAAAAGGGAGAGCCAGUCUAAUUUUGGGGGGCGUGAUGGCCCAGAUGUUAAAACAGAUUUUAUUUACCCAAAAGACGCGAUUUCAACUCCAAAGAAGCAGCCAGAUUCUGAUAAUGAAAGGUCUUCAAAGAAAAUUCCUCCUGAAAAACAUGAACGAGCGGAUGGAGGUUCAACAAGGGGGAGGUCACUACCCUUGCCACCCUCUGGAGCCCAAAAUGAGUUGAUGACUUGUUGUCCCAGACCAGUUCCUGGUUCUCUUAAAGGUGGUAAUGGAGCAGAUGUAUCACAAGUAGAUGGCUCUGAAGGUAAUGAUGCAGUCAAGGUGCAAAUACGGAACAGAAAGGCUGAUAAUCAGAGUGGAACUCAGCAUAUUAGUUCAAGACAUCAUGCACAGAAUGGGCACAGAGCCAGGGAUGUUGAUGCCCCUAGUCCAGCUAGAAGGGAUUCUUCCACCCCAGCAUAUAUCAGUAUUCUGAAAGAAGCUACAGAUAUGAAACACCUUGCCGAUCGUUACAAGAAUUCUGAGGCAAAUGAUAGUACGGGGCUUUACUUCCAGGCGGUCCUGAAAUUUCUUCAUGCUGCAUCUCUCGUAGAAUCUCCCAACACUGAGAGUUCCAAGGAAAAUAAAUCCAUGCAAAUUUAUAGAAGCACUGCAGCACUUUGCCAGUUUUGUGCUCAUGAAUAUGAAAAAUCCAAAGACAUGGCUUCUGCUACUUUGGCCUUUAAAUGCUUGGAGGUGGCUUAUUUGAAGGUGAUCUAUUCCUUACAUUCCAAUGCAGGCAGAGAUCGACAUGAAUUGCAAACAGCUUUACAAAUGGUUCCUCCUGGCGAAUCUCCAUCGUCCUCCGCCUCUGAUGUUGAUAACUUAAACAAUCCCUCGACAUUAGACAAAGUUCCCUUACCCAAGGGAGUCAGCUCACCCCAAGUUACUGGAAACCAUGUCAUAGCUGCUCGAAAUCGUCCCAGUUUUGUGCGGAUGCUGAAAUUUACGCAAGAUGUACAUAAUGCAAUGGACGCAUCCAAAAGAUCCCGUCUUGCUUUUGCAGCUGCUGAUGCAAACAUGGGAGAAGCUAAACAUGCCGAAUGCAUCUCUUCCAUUAAAAGGGCUCUUGACUUUAACUUCCAAGAUGUAGAAGGAUUACUACGUUUGGUACGGCUUGCAAUGGAAGCCAUUAGUGAUAUCCGUCAGAAGAGUCCAGAUGGUGGUGGGGAUGAUAUCAAUCUUUGAAGAGGUAUAUUGGUGGUGAAUCCAUGGGUCUCAUAGUGACGAGGUGACCUGGAUAUUUAUGCUGUACAGCUUGGAACUUCUCCUGGGAGAUCUGAAUGUUUCUGUUCAUAUAUUCUGAGGAUCUUCUACUCAAUAUAUUAUGUGAUCAUAGAUCUGUUUUCCAUCACCAUAUGGGUGCCAAGUAGGUGAACUGAUCUCAAUAACCAAUUGUCAUUUGGAGGACUUUGAACCAUCACUAAUUAAGGCUCUUCUGAUUCAGAAGGUGGCUAUGAAGAAAGUGAAGGAAGAUAUAAUAGAUAUGACGAAGAGAACCACAGGUUGUAGAUCAUUUGGGGCUUUCUUUUCUUCAGACGGUUGAGAUAUCUAAACAAUCUGUUAUCUGCAUUGCAACUCUGCCAGUAUGUGCAUAAAUUGUCUGAUCUUACUUUAUAGAAUGAGACCAUACUUGCACUGUGUAAAGAGAGCUCAAAAAAUGGAAGUGCAGGUUGCUCUUUCUCUUUGUUGUAUGCGGGACAAUUAUCCUUGCUACCUCAAUAGAGACGUAGUCAGGAAACUGUAUAUAUGAGACAAAUUAGCAUCAAUACUAUCCAUGUAGCUUUCAGUGCUGGGGUUCUGCUUUUCUUACCUCAAAGUGGCAACCAUUGUAUAUGAAAGACCAGCUGUGUUCAGAGAAGGGGGAGGUGGAUAGUUUAGGUUCUUCCUUCAGGUCUCACAGGUUGAGCGACUGGGGCAGUUACAGAUAUAGGUGGUACUGAAUUUGAUGUGAUAUUCUUGGUUAGAUUGUUCUCUGAUGAUAUCCACACUUUAAAUUUACCCACAGCAAUAGCAUUUAUUUAGGUUUAGAUAAUAAAGUUUAAUUAUUUGAAUUAGCCAUUGGAUGUAUCAAUAAAAAUUCAUCUCCAAUAGGCAAUAAUUGUGGGAGCAUAUCAAUACAGUGCCUCUUCAUUUC